UACCGAUAUAGGUGUUGAAUAAUAAAACAAGUACUUCCUCCUUUCAGAAAGAUUAUUAGUUAAAGGACUCCUCUCUUCAGUUCAAGCUUCUGUGAUUGAUUUGGAGUCGUCUAUCAUGAGAGGCUCAGUUGCUGUGCUUGUGCUGUUAGCUUUUUUCUCCAACCACGAGCUCGUUUCUUGCCGUUAUGUCCAUUACCAGAAGUCGCACCACUCUGCCGCCAAUAAGCGAACCUUUGGCCAGACAUUUAGCGAUAACUUCGAUCCAACCAAAAGUAACGGAGCUACAGAGGGAGCCGGCGUAGCAUUACAGGCUCGAAAGCCCACGGAGGGGGCAGGGGCCGCAGUGCAUGCUGGGCCCACCGAGGGUACGGGAGUUGCUGUGAAGGGCGGUCACCCAGUGAGCAACGACAAGCCUGUUAACGAUGACGCUAGUAAAACGGGCAUGAAACAGGGUAGUUUCAAAAUCGAUGAUGGUGACGUCAUAGGGGCAGGUACAUACGAGAUGGAGAAUGACGGUACAGUAGACGUGGAUCUCAAGAUCCGCAUCAAUCCAGGCUCAGCAAAGGCUCUGUGUGCUGCUAAGUGCGAGGGUAGUACUGACGAGAAGAAGAAAGAGGGCGAAGGGGGAGGCGAAGAAGGAGCGAAGGAAGGGGGAGAAAGCGAGGGUGGAGACAAAGGGGGUGCAAAGGAGGAAGCAAAGACUACACCAGCACCAGAAAACAGCAGCACAAAACCAGGGGCUGAAUCAGGUGGAGAGACCACCCCUGCUCCGGGAGCUACCACACCUCCCUCCGAGGAAACCACGCCCUCAGCAGGGGGAACGACCCCCGCUCCAGGUGGCAGCGAGGAAAGUACAACUCCAGCAAGUGAUGCGGGAGCAAUAACACCGACCCCAGCGGCAGGUGCGGGCCAGACCACUCCAGCAGGCGCCCAAUCGGACGCGCUUCCUCUGAUGAAGAACAAGUUCCAUGACAUUUUGCAUAACGUUCCUGAGAUGAACAGACUGAACGGCUUGCUGUCUCAAGCGGCAAGCACCUGGGCCGAGUCACUGAAGAACGCUAGAAGGAGAACCUUGGAAACACAGAGGAGAUUGAAGCCACGUGACCCGCUCAUCAAUCGCUCGUACUGGUUCCGCAACAAGUAAUCACAUACUACCCUCUGGAAACCCGCAAGCCCGGAAGUAAUGAUUUGAUAUUGUAAAGCAAAGAGUUGAAAAUUCGAAGAAAUUAGAAAUAAAUAAA